AUGUGGGUUUUACCUCUGACUGGAGCGGCUCCUUCUGUCACUACCGAGCAGCUGGACACUGGGGUGGACUGGCUAAGUAAGUUUGGCUACCUCCCGCCCCCUGACCCAGUGACUGGUCAGCUUCAGACCAAGGAGGCCCUGACCAAGGCCAUCAAAGCCAUGCAGAAGUUCGGGGGGCUGAAGGAGACCGGAGUCUUUGACCAAGCCACACUGGGGCUAAUGAAAACACCCAGAUGUUCUCUGCCAGAUGUUUCUGAAGCAGACGCGACAAUGGGCCGCAGGAAACGAAGUCUGACUCCUCAGAACAAAUGGAAUAAGAGGCAUCUAUCCUGGAGAGUAAGGACCUUCCCCAAGGAUUCGGCCUUACUGGGCAGGGACACUGUUCGAGCCCUCAUGUACUACGCCUUGAAGGUCUGGAGUGACAUCGCACCACUUAACUUCCACGAGGUAGCAGGAAGUGAUGCAGACAUUCAAAUCGACUUCACUAAGGCCGACCACAAUGAUGGAUAUCCCUUUGAUGGGCCAGGGGGCACCGUAGCGCAUGCAUUUUUCCCUGGAGAGAGGUUUACAGCUGGGGAUACACACUUUGAUGAUGAUGAGGCCUGGACCUUCAGGUCACCAGACUCUCAUGGGAUGGAUCUGUUUGCGGUUGCAGUCCAUGAGUUCGGUCAUGCCAUCGGCCUGGUCCACACCUCAGCCAUAGAGUCCAUCAUGAGACCGUACUACCAGGGUCCUGUAGGAGACCCUCUGAAAUACGACCUACCCUAUGAAGACAAGGUCCGCGUCUGGCAGCUCUACGGUGUCAGAGACUCAGUGUCCCACACAAAUCGACCAGGCAACCCUUCCCAGACGGCUGAACCUCCUGUCCUGCUGGAUCUUCCUGAAAACAGAUCCACUCUUCUGCUGGCCCGGGAUGCCCCAGACAGAUGCACCAGUCACUUUGAUGCCGUGGCCCAGAUACGAGGGGAGGCCUUCUUUUUCAAAGGAAAAUACUUCUGGCGACUAACAAGAGAGAAACACCUGGUGUCUCUCCGUCCGGCUCAGAUCCAUCGCUUCUGGAGGGGCCUUCCACCCAAUCUGGACAGUGUGGAUGCUGUGUACGAGAGGCCUGGGGACCACAAAAUAGUCUUUUUCAAAGGUCUAAAGUACUGGGUAUUUAAAGACAACAAUGUGGAGGAGGGUUACCCUCGUCCCAUCAGUGACUUUGGUCUGCCCUCCGACGGCGUGGAUGCAGCCUUUGUUUGGCUACACAACGACAAAACCUACUUCUUCAAGGACAACAGCUACUGGCGCUACGAUGACCACCUAAGACACAUGGACCUGGGCUACCCUAAAGACAGCACGCUUUGGAAAGGGCUGCCACCAAACUUGGACGACGCCAUGAGGUGGUCUGAUGGGUCGUCCUAUUUCUUCAAGGGGAAGGAGUACUGGCGAGUGCCUGGCAGCGACAUGGAGGUGGAGGCAGGAUACCCCCGCCUCAUUGCUAAAGACUGGCUGCUGUGCACUGAGAUGCAGUCGGACUCUCCAGACACGGAGCCCAAAAGCACGGAGACGAGAGGCAACGCGCACCAUCACCCGGACCACGCGGAGAAUGGAUACGAGGUGUGCUCCUGCACCUCCGAUAGCGCCUCGCCUUUAGGCGCCCGCCCCUCCCCAUCUCCCAUGUGGCUGUUGCCACCUCUCUGGACGCUCUCGCUGGCCCUCCGCUCUGAACUGCUAUGAUGCCAAAGCAUUGGACAGAGUUCUCAAGCCGAGGGGAGGUAACAGACUCUUUUGGUGGAGGGUCAGUGGAUUCAGUCUGAAUACAAACUGGAACAUUUUGCUCAUAUAAAUAUCAAUUGUUAUGUUUUUGCUAUUAUUUUGCUGUUAUUUAUUUGACAUGCCAUUUGAUGGUCAACAAAAGCGCCUUGCAGUAUGGGUAGUACAUACAGUACAUGCAUACAUUAUCAUAUUAUGAUAGGGUAUAUCUAGAAGGCAUCUAUCCACUGAAAAUGACGAUGCGUGUACCGUGCUUUACAAGUCUGAGUUACAUAGAACCAAGUUCUACCCUUUAGUUUUCUCUUGAGUGUUUAAACUGUCUCAUCCUUGCAAGGACAUUGACUAUUCGAGAAAUAUGUUCACAUAAAAUACUACAGUACUCCAGCACCCUUUAUAAUUCUAUUUUUUGAAUACGACAAGUUUACAGCAAUAAUGAAUGGUAUUGUUGGAUGUAGGCAGGUCAAGGGGUUGAAUCACAGCCAGCAUUGAAUGUUACCCUGAAAAAUGAGGUAAACAACUGAGUAUGUAAAGGUUUUUUUUUUUUCAAAGGAAUGGUUCAACAUUUUGGGAAAUAUUCUUUUUCUAAUUGAGAGUUAGAUGAGAAUACUCAUGUCUGUCUGGCAAAUAUUAAGUAUCAAGACUGGAUGAGGUGCAAAAAUGGCACAUUGUGUUUUUAAAGUUACGUACUGGUAGGUGGAUUUUGUUUGGACAAUGACAGGCUAGCACUUUCCAUCCGUUUCCAGUCUUUUAUGCUAAGCUAUGCUCACCAGGCCUUGGCUGAUCUUCACAUGUUAUUCUCAGGAGGAAAACCAAAAAAAAAAGUUUAUUUCUCAAAAUGUUGAGCUAUUGCUUCAAAUAGUGCCUGGCAACUAGAACUUAAUGCUAGGCUGCCUAUUGCCUCCCAGCAUUCUCCACCAACCAAAAUGUUAUUUUUAAGUAAAGGUUGGUUACAGAUAAGGUUUAGUUUUAGGGACAAAUUAAUAACAUUUCUGAAAAUAUGCCAGAGUUAGCCAGAAAGGCCUAAUUUUCUGACCAUUGUUGGAGUUAAGGUCUACCCAGAGAAAGAGUCAAUAUUUUAACUCUAGCCUGACAGGAAGAGCUGCCUGAAAGACUCGAAGAGUGGCAUAUGGUAUAUAGAUACCAUAGUUAGACAGGAGACUGACACCCCGGCAUGUAUCAAGGCAGACAGGUGAAAGGUACUCUGGGAUGUGGUGUAGAUAGAUAGUUAGGUUUACAGAUGUAUGGCCCCACGGGAUGUUGACAGGAAGAAAAAUGAAGGACUUGCUUGGAUGUCGACAGGUAGAUGAAUGACAUCCAGGGCUGUAAACAGGUAGACAGGCGAACACCAUCCAGUACAGCCACACAAAGAAAAGAGCAGCCUUGGCUGAGAGCAAUUAAUGACUUUCUGUAUGACUGAAAGUUCAAAUCCAAGUUUCUCAAUAUCCCAUCAAAGUCAUAAUCCUUAACGCUGUUUACCUGCCCUGCCAUGCUCUUUGAGGAGCUGCUACUCAUGUAUCUCCAUGAAUUCAUCAUUUUCAACCCUCGUACAGAAGUAUCUCCUGCUAAUAUCAGAGGCGCGAUUGGUUUAGUUGUAUUUUUUGUAAUAAAUAUGCCUAGAUUGUGAUUCCAUAUUGCUUUGAUCAGAUUAUAGUUCUCCGAGCCUUUUUUUUCCUCACAGCUGGACGAUUUCCUCCAUCAACCCAAGCUCCCUCUGGUGAUGUUAGCAGAACCUCACGAGAUAGCAUCCGGAUUUAUUCUUGCUGAUAUAUUUACCGACAAUUUAAAUAUAGACACAGAUAUAUUUGAGUUGAGAUGUUCCAUGGUUAGUGCGAAAAAAACCAAGUGGACUGUGUAUAUUUCAAGGUGUGUUUUCUAAUGUAAA